AAAACAGAAAUAUUCUUCAUCUUACAAGCCGAUUUUGUAGGAUUGAGUUAGGUUCUCCGGCAUCAGUUCUAAUAGUAAAAAAAAACCUUGCUGUAUUCCCCUAUAAAUUCUUCAUCUUAUAGUAUUAUACUCUCAAAAGGUGUUUCUUAAAGAAUUAGCAUUACCAUUCACAACACAUACACGUGCACAAUCUCAACAGAGAGAGAAAAAAAAGAUGGAGUUCUAUGAUGAGAAUUUCAUGGAGGAAUUAAUGGCACUAAGAAGAGAAACAUAUGAAAUUACAAAUCCAAGUCAAGAAGAAAAUCAAUUCUUCUCAUCAACAACUAAUAGCUUGAGUUUUGAUAACUGUUUUGAUCAAAACUCUUUAUCUUAUCUACCAAACUCUUCUUGUAGUCAACAACUUCCUCAAAGCUACAACAACAAUGAUCACUACAAUAACACUUUCAAUGAAAUCUAUGGUUCUUUACUCGAUGAAUCUUCGACACCCCAGAUUCUCGAUUCAUACUAUAAUAGUACUGUCGACGCGCCAUUUAUUUCUCAAGAAGAUUUUCCUUUGUCCAUGAUGGGAGAAGAAGAAGAUCAAAGUUUGCUUGGUGAAGAGCUUCAGAAUUUGGAGCUUCAAACAACAUGCAAAAUGGAGCCAACACAAUCACCUGAAAUGCCUAUAGUUUUCAACACUGGUACUAGUUUGGAGAGAAACAACCGAGCGAAGAAACUUCAAGGACAACCGUCGAAGAACCUAAUGGCGGAGAGGAGAAGACGAAAGAGAUUAAAUGAUCGUCUUUCAAUGCUACGAGCAAUUGUCCCUAAGAUAAGCAAGAUGGACAGAACAGCUAUACUUGGAGAUACUAUUGAUUACAUGAAAGAGCUUCUAGAGAAAAUCAACAAUCUGCAACAAGAAAUUGAACUAGAUUCAAAUAUGACAAGCAUUGUCAAAGAUGUAAAGCCGAAUGAAAUCUUAAUCAGAAAUUCUCCUAAGUUUGAGGUGGAGAGGAGUGCAGACACAAGGGUAGAAAUUUGUUGUGCAGGAAAGCCAGGGUUGUUGUUAUCAACAGUAAACACAUUGGAAGCAUUAGGUCUUGAGAUUCAACAAUGUGUUAUCAGCUGUUUCAAUGAUUUCACAAUGCAAGCUUCUUGUUCAGAGGAAUUGGAGAGAAGGACAAUGCUGAGUUCUGAAGAUAUUAAGCAAGCUUUAUUCAGAAGUGCAGGGUAUGGAGGAAGAUGUUUGUGAGAAUAUAUAUAUAUAUAAUAGAAGAAAAAGAACCACAAAGUGAACUUAGGAUAAUUUUUUCUUCAUGUGGAUUGAUUCAAAUGACAUGUUCAUAAUGUUUUAUUCAUCAAGAAGAGAGUAUAAUAAUAUUAUUAAUAUUUCUUGAAAUGAAGAUGUCCAUUUAU